AUGCCACUACGCGCUACAGAAUGGACAGAGUCUUCGUUUGAGCUUGAUCGCUCUCCUCAACCUGAUUGGCUGCUGCCUCAGAUGGAUUCCCUUGCUGCAAAGGGGCCGUUUGGAGAUGACAAGAGAGUGCAGUUGGGUUUCUUCUUUGACAGCUACUUCUUGCCAGAGAAUGUAAUUUCCGAGACGCUUGACCAUGUGAAAGAGGCUGGAGUGAAGCUUAUUACAAGCCACUACAGACACUGGCCAGUUUCAAAGGGACAAUCUCGCGUGCCGGAGCAGUUACACGCCUGCGGUCUCCUCGGCCCUGACAUCCUGCUCACUCACGGCAACGGAACAACACCAGAACAAGCAUCUCUCCUCACUGAGGCUGGAACCUACAUCGUCUCAACUCCCGAUGCCGAGAUCUUCAUGGCAUCAGGCGCAGAUCCAGUAGGUUUUCGUGAAGACCUCCCAUUGACGUGCCUUGGAGCCGAUUGCCACUCGUGCGGACCAGUCAGCAUGAUGCAUCAGAUGCAGAUGGCACUAGCAAGUGAUCGAGGAUCUCAAAACUCAAAGACUUUCGCUGAAGGUCACUAUCCCAAGAAGAUGCGGGCUACAGUGCAGAAAGCGUUCAAUCUGGCUACUAUCAAAGCAGCUCGUGCGAUCAACAUGGAUAAGGACAUUGGAUCUAUUGCAGUGGGAAAGUUGGCGGACUUGGUCAUCUUUGACACGACUUCUCCUUCAAUUAGCUGUGCAGCUGAGCAUGACCCAUUGACUGCUAUCGUCCGCCAUGCAGGUGUCAGAGAAAUUGAGACUGUUAUAAUCGGCGGAAGGGUUCGCAAGCACCAUGGAAUCCUGGAGAAUGUGCACUUGGCCGAGGGACGAGAAGCUGGCUUCGAUGUCAAGCAUGAGGCACUUGACUGGAAAGACGGAUUGUCGUGGAAAGAAGUUGCAAAGGAGUUAUCGAGAAGUCGAAGUGAGAUUGAGGGCAGAAUUGACAAGGUCAACAAAGAGUUGGCUAAGGAGAAGCUUAUUGGAAUGAUGGGUGGCUUAAAGGAUCUCUUGGUUGACUGA